AAGCCCUUCCAAAUUCAGGAAGAAGCCAUCUGCUUCCGCAUUGAUCACCUGCCUCAAGGUACCCAGCAGGCUCCCUGUGUGUAAACCAGAGGCUUCACUACAACAUGGCCCACAGGAGUAGCACAGGACCUGUCCUCAGGCUGAAGCUUGUGACUCUCCUAUUUGCCCUGAGUUCAGAACUUCUUCUCCUAGGAGCAGGAUUGAAGCUUCAAGACAAUGGGUACGAUGGAUUACUUGUUGCGAUCAAUCCUCAGGUGCCUGAGAAUCUGAACCUGAUUACAAACAUUAAGGAGAUGAUAACUGAAGCUUCCUUUUACCUGUUCAAUGCCACCAAGAGAAGAGUGUUUUUCAGAAAUAUUCAGAUUUUAAUACCCACCACUUGGACAGCUCGUAAUUACAGCAAAGUAAAACAAGAAGCCUAUGAAAAGGCAAAUGUCAUAGUGACUGAGCAGAGUGGAGAACAUGGGGACGAUCCUUAUACACUACAACACAGAGGGUGUGGAGAAGAGGGGAAAUACAUCCAUUUCACCCCUAACUUCCUACUAAAUGAUGAGCUAGCAGCAGGAUAUGGCUCGAGAGGCAGGGUGUUCGUCCAUGAAUGGGCCCAUCUCCGCUGGGGUGUGUUUGACGAAUAUAACUAUGACAAGCCAUUCUACAUAAAUGGCCAAAACGAAAUUCAAGUCACAAGGUGUUCGUCUGACAUCACUGGAGUGUUUGUGUGUGAGAAGGGCCUUUGUCCCCACAAAGACUGUAUCAUUAGCAAACUUUUCAGAGAGGGAUGCACUUUCAUCUACAACAGCACCCAGAAUGCAACUGGAUCAAUAAUGUUCAUGCAAAGUUUAUCUUCUGUGGUUGAAUUCUGUAACGUGAGUACCCACAACCAUGAGGCCCCAAACCUGCAGAACCGAAUGUGCAGCCUCAGAAGCACCUGGGACGUCAUUGCAGACUCCUCUGACAUCAGUCACAGCCUCCCCAUCCACGGGGUUGAGCUGCCGCCUCCUCCCACGUUCUCCCUCCUACAAGCUGGGGACAAAGUCAUCUGCUUAGUGAUAGAUGUGUCCAGGAAGAUGGCAGAGGCAGACAGACUCCUUCGACUGCAACAAGCGGCUGAACUGUACCUAAUGCAGGUUGUUGAAAUUCACACUUUUGUGGGCAUCGUCACUUUUGACAGCAAAGGGGCAAUCAGAACCCAGCUGCGACAAAUUAGCAGUGACAGUGACCGGAGGCUGCUGGUUUCCUAUCUGCCGACCACUGUGUCCCCCGAGGAGGAAAUGAACGCCUGUGCAGGGGUUAAAAGAGGCUUCGAGGUGGUUGAGAAGAGGAACGGAAGGGCCGAUGGCUCUGUCGUGGUGCUGGUGAGCUGCGGAACAGACGAGCACAUAGACGACUGCCUGCCCACCGUGACGAGUAGCGGAUCCACCAUCCACUCCAUUGCCCUGGGUUCCUCUGCGGCCAGAAAACUGGAGGAAUUGUCACAUCUUACAGGAGGUUUAAAGUUCUUCAUUCCAGAUAACUCUAAUUGUGACAAAAUGACUGAAGCUUUCAGUAGAAUCUCUUCUGGAACAGGAGACAUUUUCCAGCAGAGCUUACAGCUUGCAAGUGUGUGUGAGACUGUGCUACCCCAGCACCAACUGACGAACUCUGUGACUGUGGACAGAACUGUGGGCAACGACACCGUGUUCCUAGUCAUGUGGCAGACCAGCGGUCCCCCUGAGAUCGUAUUAUCGGACCCUAGUGGAAGGAAAUACAACACUAGUGACUUUGUCACCAAUCUGGCCUUCCGGACAGCUAGCCUUCGGGUGGCAGGAACUGCGAAGCACGGGCGCUGGACUUACACACUGAACAACACGCACCAUUCUCCUCAAGCCCUGAAAGUGACAGUGGCCUCCCGUGCCUCCAGCCUGGCCAUCUCCCCUGCCUCUGUGGAAGCCUUUGUGGAGAGAGACAGCACCCGUUUUCCUCAGCCGGUGAUCAUUUAUGCGAGUGUGAGGACGGGUCUUCAUCCCGUUCUCAAUGCCGCUGUGGUGGCAACAGUUGAGCCAGAGGCUGGAGACCCCAUUAUGCUGCAACUUUUGGACAAUGGAGCAGGUGCUGAUGUUGUAAAAGAUGAUGGAAUUUACUCCAGGUAUUUUUUCUCCUUUGCUGUGAGUGGGAGAUACAGCUUGACAGUGCAUGUCCAUCACUCUCCCGGCAGAAGUACCCGAGCCCACUCUGCUCCAGGAAGCCAUGCUAUGUAUGUACCAGGUUAUAUAGCAAACGAUAAUAUUCAAAUGAAUGCUCCAAAAAAAGCAGGCCGAAGAGACAUGAAGGAGCAGUGGGGCUUCAGUAGAGUAAGCUCCGGGGGAUCCUUCUCGGUGCUGGGAGUUCCAGCUGGCCCCCAUCCUGACAUGUUUCCACCGUGCAAAAUUACUGACCUGGAUGCCGUAAAAGUCGAAGAGGAUGUGAUCCUUUCUUGGACAGCACCUGGAAAAGAUUACGAUCAGGGCCAGGCUACAAGCUAUGAAAUAAGAAUGAGUAAAAGUCUACAGCGUAUUCGAGAUGACUUUAACAAUGCCAUUUUAGUGAACACAUCAGAACUAAAUCCCCAGCAAGCUGGCACAAGGGAGAUAUUUACAUUCUCACCCAAGAUGGUCACCAAUGAACUUGAACACAAACCUGAUGGACAAAUGGAAGAAAACCACAUAGUAUAUGUGGCCAUGAGAGCAAUGGAUCAAAACUCCCUGAAGUCAGCUGUGUCAAACAUAGCCCUGGUGUCACUGUCUGUUUCCCCAAAGUCUGCUCCUACAUUUCACAGAGAUGACCUGAUACUGAAAGGAGUUUUAGUAGCAUCAGGUUUGAUAGCAGUCAUCUGCCUUGUUGUUGUUGUAGCACACUGUACUUCAAAGAGAAAAAAGGGACAAUUAAAGAAAGACAAUGGGACAAAAUUGCUGUGAACAAAUAGUACAUAUCUUCCUUGAUAUGAUAUGAUGCCCAUAGCCUUUACAAUCAUAAAAAUGAUGCCAACAAAAUCAAAUUAGCAUCAACACUGUGUUGGAAUGCAUUUGGGCAUUUAUAUAAUACAGUUCAGGAUUUUACAUAGCAGAUAGACACCCCCCACAAAAACCCACAGCUUUUAUAAUACUCAUUUAGGGGGAAGGGUUAAAAAUAAUAAGGUUCCAAUAAUGGAAAAUAAGUUUUAAAAAUAUUGUUCAAUGUGAUAUCUUGAAAGGCAAGGUAAGGGAAAAAUCAAGUCCGAGUCAAGAAAAGUUUGUUUUAUGGAAGUUGGGGAAAAUAAAUGUUCCAGGCACAGAAAAUAGGCAGUGUAACUGUAUGAAGCAACCGUUUUACUUUGAUUAAUUUCUCAUCUCUGCUUAUCUGUGCAGAGCAGGAUGUAUGUUUACAACCGACAGCCAAGAUGCUGCAUAGACAAGGUCUCCACUGCAGGUUCUUUAUGUCUUCCCCUUUGGUUAAGUACCCCAUGCUCACACGCCACCACCAGUGCUUGGACAGGUCCCUUCUCACUGUGAGAAGAGGCCUUGGAAUGUCGCUGUUGUCCUUGCCCCUUGAUACGGACCUGCGACAAAGGUCACUGGAGUGUAUGGUUUGUAAGAUUUUAGUCCCUUUGAAGCGGCUUUCUAACAUAUUGUCUUGGAAAUAAUUGAAUAAAACUGAUUACAACUCUCAUGAGGCUUAAAGGAAAGAAUAAAAGGCAUUAUUGUUAAA